AUGUUAGAAAAAAAGUUUGCUGACAUUGACAAAAAAUUUGAGAAUGUUUUAAAUAAGAACAAGAGGAAGUUGGAAAAUGCUCAGAUAAAACCCAUACAUGACAAGUUCUUAUUUGCUCAGAAUGGUAUAACAGGUCUAAUUGCACCACCUGGGUCGGGUAAGACUUUCACUUAUCUUAAAAUGGCUGCACAACAACAAGAACUAGAUGAGAAGAACCCAUUCUAUGAGUUAGUUGUCAUUUGUAGUACUUCUGGUCAAUUUGACCAAACCGUCAAUUCGUUCAAAGAUAUUAUAAAGAAGUCUAAGUUAGUAUGUAUAAAAGACUCUGAGUUGUUAGAUUGGAUAAAGAAGUACCAAAGAAGGGUUUUGAAGUACAAUGCUAUAAAUGAGUAUAUAAAUUCG